AUGGCACAGGACCAUGUCAUGGUUCCUUCUCUUGUUCACGGGGCACCUAACAACAAGAACAACAAGCCUAUACAGAAUUACUGCAUUAAUAACAAACAUCGAUCCAAAUUUUUAUCUGCUGCAGUUACUGGAGGUCCCCGAGGCCUUCGUGUGGGCCCAUCUGGGCCUACGGCAAACCCACUGAUUUCUUCCUUUGCGCGGAACACUCUGCGUCAAAAGGAACACAGUCCAGAAAGCAACGAGAGAAAACAACCGGAACCAGCGGCACCAGCUCGGAGAGAAACCAGAGGUGAGGCGGCUCCCGCAGUGUCUCUCCCAAAGCCAGGCCUGGCCUUUGCCCUCCGCACCCCGUCGUGUGUCAGGGUCCCUACGCGCCGCGGUUCCGAGAUCUGUCGAGAAACCAAUUUUGAUCCAGCAGAAUGGGGAGCUAAGGUAGAUGAUCGCUUCUAUAACAACCAUGCAUUCAAGGAGCAAGAACCACCUGAGAAAGAUGUGCCUGAAAAAGAAAAAUCUCAGGAAUCUGUGAAUGAGGAAGAGACACCAGUCACAGUCUUAGAAUCUUCAGAGGAAGAAAAGGAAAAAGAGGAGCUUGCUGCCCUCAAAAUUCAAUCAGUCUAUCGGGGACAUUUAGCCAAAGAAAAGGUGAAGAAGAUGAAGUCAGGUGAAGGGGAAAAAGAGGAAGAAGAGGAAGAAGAGGAAACAGCUUGAAGAGACUGCUUUCAUUCCAGGAAACAUGAAAAAAAGAAAUUCAUCAACCUGUGUGAGAUUGUCAUUUUUUUUCCUUAGUAAGGGAGAUUAGAUGUAGUCAGAAAACAUUUGUUGCUGUUGUGAAAAUCUGUCGUGAGCAUUUGUCUAAUAAACAUGCCACUUGAAGAUUUCUCUGA